UCUGUCCGGCGAGCGAGCUGCUUCAAGAGUCCAGAAAGGCUCUCCGUUGGUGCAGAAGAAUCCGGAACUCGAGACCCCCAGUCCCCCUGUGGCCAUGAGCACGGUCGACGACAUCCUGGUACACCUGGGUCCCUGGCACUACCCGGUGCUGGUGUUCUGCUUCUUCCGAGGCUUCCCGGCUGCCUAUUACGCCAUGUCGCUCUCCUUCACGGCUCCCUCCCUGCGACACUGGUGCGCCAGACCACCGCAGCUGGGAAACUGGUCCACGGAACGGUGGCUCCAGGAAGCCGUACCUCUAACUCACGUGAAUGGAAAGGAGAUGCCCAGCCACUGCGACACGUACACGGUGGAAGUCCUCGGCAACGGCACUCUCACCAUUCUCAACGACACAACGGUGCGCUGCUCCAGUUGGGAGUACGAUUUAGAGGACCACACGAAUACGAUGACCAAUGACUUCAACCUCGUGUGCGACCGUGUGUGGCUCCGAGCAGCGUCGCAGAGUUUCUACAUGGCGGGCCUCAUGAUCGGAAACUUCAUAUUCUCUCAUCUUUCAGACUGGUACGGCCGGAAGCGAGCUCUGGUGUUCAUGACCCCUCUGCCCAUCCUGGCGAGCGUCGUGAUCUGUCUCUCUUCGAGCUUCCUCAUGCUCAACGUCGGCAGACUCGUGGCAUCUCUGGGCCUCGGCGGCAUCCUCAAUGUCACGUACACAUUGUCGAUGGAAGUGUUGUCGGCACGCCACAGGGCACUGGGCUCGCUCAUCGCCACUAGCGGUUGGACGACUGGGCUGCUGACAAUGACGGGUCUCGCCUGGCUCUUUCGAGACUGGAUGAUCUUCCAGGGUGUCAUCACGAUCGCUGCCACCUGCAGUGUCGUUAACUGGUUUUUUAUUCCCGAAUCUCCACGAUGGCUCCUUGCAAUGGGGAAGUACGACGAAGCCAGGAAAGAGCUCGAGAGGGCCGUUCGCAAGAACAAGGUGACGGGAGUCUCAGUCGAAGCAAUCAUCAAGGAUUUCAAGGACAAAAUCUCCCUGGACAAACUCGCGGCGAAGCCCACGUUCACGGAGCUCUUCCGAUCAAGAAGCAUUCGAUUUACGUCGUGUCUCCUCUCUAUCAAGUCGGUGCUGGACACGCUGGUGUACUACAACCUGACUUACUCGAGCAUUCUACUUGGAGACCCAUACCUCAGCUUUGCCCUGGUUGCUGCGGCCGAGUACCCGGGCAGACUUCUCGGCGUAGCCGCUGUCAACUACUUGCGUCGAAGGACCGCCUACAUCGCUCUGUAUUCCUUCGCGUCCGUCUGCUCCGCAGCCGCCAUCUUUGUGCCGGCGGAGGCCUCGUGGGCACUAAUGGCGAGCGCUCUGUUGGCCAAGAUGGGCCUCAUAGCGGCGCACUGCGUCUGCGUGGUCCAGAUGUCCGAGCUCUAUCCAACCAGGCUGCGCACCACCGCCAUGGGCUUCACAAUCACCACGAGCCGAAUCGGGGCGAUACUGGCGCCCUUCACCAAGGAACUGGGCGUGGUGUUUUUCCCCUGGGUGCCCAAGGUUGUCGACAUCACGGGGUGCGCCUGCCUCAUCCUCGUGUCCCUCCCGCUGCCAGAGACGUUCAACGAACCACUGCCGGACACGCUGCACGACAUCAAGAAGGCCAGGAAGGACAAGAAGGACAAAAACGCGGUGGACUCCUACGUCGCAGCCGAAGCUCAACCACUGCGGUAAAAAGAUCGAAAGACAGAGGCUCUCAAAACAACUGACACUUUC